AUAUGCAUAAUAAUAUGCACCAAACGUCCUCUUUUAUGUAUGAAUGAAUUUAAUAAUUGUGUUUAGAUGUUUUAAUGAAUAUAAUUUAGUACUUGCACCAUAUAGUAUUACAUCUUCAUUUGGCUAGUUUACGAUUAAUAACGUAUUUAAAUAAGAUUCGUUAUCUUCGGGUCACUGAGUAAAAAUAUUGCAGUGAGAUAUAUAAGUGUAUGAGCACAUAUUGUGUACCGAAUUGUGACGGAGGACGUCUAUGUUGUGGAGAAGUACUCAAGUAUUCGCAGGCCGCACUUGUCCGUCUUAUUGGGAAUGUUCGGCAUAGAUACAGGUGCCUGGGCCUAUGUGUUCUACACUCAGGCACUGUAUGGCUGGCCCCUAUUGUGGACCCUGGCGGUGUUCGCAGCCACCUUCAUCAUGUACAAGCUAGCAGGGCUCGUUCUGCACGUGAAGUGGCUCAAGAUGCACUUCACGGGUGUGCCGGGUCCGACUGAUAGACACUGGUUUUAUGGACAUUUACACUUGUUCCCGAAAACCCCUGGGGACCGCAUACGGUUCAUCCUGGGACUUGGCGCGAGGUUCCGGCGCUACUUCUGCCUCUGGAUGGGGCCGGCCCGGGUCACUCUGGUGGUCAACCACCCGACCACCGUGAAGGCAGUCAUGAAAACUUCCGAGCCUAAACCCACGGGUUUUAGUGGCAUGUACCGGUUCGGGUUGCCGUGGCUGGGGCCUGGCCUACUCAUCGCGGAGGGGGCACGUUGGUCAAGGUCACGGCGUCUUCUCACGCCGGCGUUCCACUUCGACAUACUGAAGCCAUACGUGCAAGUGUACAACGAGGCAGUGCAAAAACUCAUAGUAAACCUGGAUAGUGUGACGGACACGAAGGAGAGUUUCGAGGUGUUCUCACACGUAUCCCGCCUCACCCUGGACAUCAUUUUGCGCUGCGCCUUUUCCUACGAGACCGACUGCCAGGCGCCGGGAGAGCCACAUCCCUAUCUGACAGCAGUCAGUGAACUGGCCGAUGUCUGGUGGGCGAGAGAAAAGCGCCCGCUGCUGUAUUAUGACUGGAUUUUCAACAUGACCGAAAUGGGGCGAAAAUUCAAACAGGGCUGCGAUUAUGUACACAAGAUAGCAGAGGACGUCAUACACAAGCGGAAAUCAGCAUUGGAGAGUUCGACCGGUUGUUCAGACCGAAAAUACCUAGACUUCCUGGACAUCCUGCUAACCGCUAAAGACGCGCAUGGAUGCAGCAUGUCCCUGUUUGACAUCCGUAACGAAGUGGACACCUUCAUGUUUGAAGGUCACGACACCACUGCAAGUUCCAUUUCCUGGACAUUGUACGCGCUCGCAAAACAUCCGGAAUACCAGCUGCGCGCGCAACAGGAAAUAGACGACAUUUUGCAAGACCGCUACAGUGACGACAUAACCUGGGCGGAUCUCAACCGUCUGGAUUACCUGACCAUGUGCAUAAAGGAGAGUCUCCGAAACUACAGUCCGGUGCCUUUCAUUCAGCGCGAGUUCACACAUGACUUCGAGAUCGAGGGGCGGAAGUUCCCAGCAGGAACUCCGGUUACAGUCCACAUUUACGGCGUUCACCACAACAGCGACGUAUGGGAAAAUCCCAUGGAGUAUUCACCUGAAAGGUUCUCCAAGGAAAAUGUCGCCAAGAUGGACUCCUACCAGUUUGUGCCGUUUUCGGCGGGGCCCAGGAACUGUAUUGGUCAGCACUUCGCAUUGAACGAGGAAAAGGUCGUACUUGCUAGGCUCCUGAGGAGGUAUCCAGUUAUAUCUGCAUCGAUUCCGGUUCAUACUGGAUCCCAACCACAAGGUGGAGAAGAAGAUUGCUGCAGUCCUGAAAGCCGAGAACGGUAUCCGGAUGUACUGUGAGCGCCGCGACUUAUCCAAGUGAGGGAUAUAUGUGCGACUACCAUUGACAUGCUUCAAGAAAGGUAGACAAUCGUGUCACACGUAAAUCACCACUUGUUUUUAAGUACCGCGCGAGAUUGACAGAUACGAGUUGUGUGAAUUUUGGGUACGACCUAAGGUUUAUCAGUUUCGCUAUGUAUAAUAUUUGUUGAAUGAUUCCAGAUUCAUAGUCAAAUGUUUAAAUACAACAAAAGUGCGUAAACAGUUUAUAUGUAUUGUAUCCAGUCUCACAUUAAAGCGAUAAAAAGAUAAUUGAAUCAAGAGGGACAUAAUUACCCCGAAGCGUAUGAGCUCGACUGUCAAAACAUGACAAGGUGACUCAGGUUUUGACACAUCCAACUUGGCUUAAAAAUUGUCAAACAUAAAAUUCUGACCAAGUUUUGUCAAGAAUCAGUGUUGCAUAAGGCCUCUGUAAUGGUAGCAAUGUGUGUUUAAAAUUUGAUUGUGUGAUCUAGUUAAGUACUCAGCUGACCAAUAUUCGAACUAGAUAUUAAGAUUAAUAUUCUGGUUAAAUUUCGUCAAGAUUCGAUAAUUAAUGUGGCUUCUAGUGUGGUAACAAUGUCUUCCUGAGAUUUUAUCAAGUGACCCAGUUUAUGGAUCUUUUUUUGCCCUGAUUCAAACAGGGCCAAUGAAUCGACACAAUUUAAAGUCUGACACAGUUACAAGAUUGAGUCUUACGUGUGACCUAUAGAGUGAUAACAAGGUUUCAUAAGACCGUACGACCAAGUUUUUGAACGAACGCGGCCAGAAUUGGUACUCAGCUUUGAUAUCAUCGAGAUCGAGUUUACCGCUUUGAUGGAAUAUACGUAUACUUGCAAUUGAUUGUGUUUAUUUAUGAAGACCGUCUGAUGGAAUGUACGUAUUUUUGCAAUUGAUAGUGUUUAUUUACAUUUGUAUUCGUAAAUGACUAUUUAUGUUAUGUUAUGUUUAACAAAAAAAAAUCCAUUACCGCUUUGAUGGAAUUUACGUAUUCUUGUAAUUGAUUGUGCAUAUUUAUAUUUGUAUUCUUAAAUGACCAUUUAUGUUAUGUUAUGUAAUGUAAUAUUUUUAACCCAUUAACGUGACAGAAAUCAAUGUAUAUAUUUGUGUAUGAAGACGAUGUACUUAUGUAUAAGUCUGAAUAAACUGUCUGUCUGUA